AUUAGCGCUUACGUUUCGAAUAUUGAUGAUCUGCGGAUGUUGGAUACCAGAUUCCUGGACGACACCGUAUAAACGGUUAGUUUAUCACGUGUACACCAUAUUCAUAAUGGUACUUAUACAUACAUUUAUGCUAUCACAAUUGAUGGAUCUAAUUUUGACUGUGGAUAAUGCCAACGAUUUUACUGAUAAUUUCUACAUGCUACUCGCAAUGUUUGUUUCCUGCUGUAAGAUGCUCACUCUGUUGAUGAAUCGCAGUAAUAUUGCGAUGCUAAUAGAUAUUCUCUUAAGGAAACCAUGUAGACCGGUCCAGUCCGACGAAAUUGCAAUUCAGCAGAAAUUCGAUAAACAUGUACAGCUAAACACACUUUGCUACACAAUCUGGGUUGAAACAACGUGUUUGUGUAUUGCUGUGACGUCAUUGCUGACAGAAUUUAGGAGAGGAAGAUUGACAUUCAGAGCAUGGUUGCCGUUCGACUAUUCCUCGUCGUCAUUGUAUCGCAUUGUAUACGCGCACCAAUUGAUAAGUCUGACUGCUGGGUCUAUGCUCCAUAUUGCUUGCGACGGUCUGAUCUGUGGAUUAUUGGUGCACGUCUGCUGUCAGAUAGAAAUACUCGAAUGUCGUUUGCGAAGAAUCGCGCACGAUCAAGAUAUUCUUCGUGAAUCCGUCAUGCAGCAUAAUUCUGUAUUCAAAUUUGCUCAAUUGGUGAAUGAAAAAUUUAAACUGACUAUUGUCAUACAGUUUAUUGUCAGUACAUUGGUAGUGUGUUUCAUUCUUUAUCAAUUUACCAAAUCAACUGCGUUAAGAGCACAGUAUAUGCAAUUAAUAAUGUAUUUAGGUUGCAUGCUGUCACAAAUCUUUUUUUAUUGUUGGUAUGGUAACGAAGUUAAGUUGAAGAGUCGUCAACUUGUCGAUAAAAUAUUUGACAUAGAAUGGGUUGGACUGAGUAAACAUAAUACAGAUUCCUUAAUAAUGAUUAUGAGACGAAGUUCAAAACCAAUUGAGCUUAGUAGUGCUUAUGUUAUCUCGAUGAAUCUCGAUUCAUUCGUGAGUUUACUCAAGACAUCGUAUUCGGCUUACAACAUAAUGAAGCAAGUGUAAGAGUGGCAGAGACAAAGUUGAAGAAUUACACUAUAUUUCGAUAUCUCUCAAGGCAAGAUCAUGUUAAGAUGAAUACAAUAAUAUGAUUUGCAUCAUUAUUGUAUGUAUUCAUUCAAAAAUAUUAAACCGCUACGGUAAAUGAUUUUAUUCGAUGAUGAUAUACUCGUAUGACUCUUGUAACAUGGCAUUUAAAUAGAAAGACAUUUGAAGAGAAAUUACGUUGUGUUGAAUCUUAGAACCUUCACUGCAGCUGAUCGUAU